AUGCAAGGCUGGAGAAUCACAAUGGAGGAUGCGCACGCGGCAAUUCUCGAUUUGCAAGCCAAGUAUAUAACUAAAUCCACCGAAUCCACCUCUCCCGAUCAGCGACUGUCAUUCUUCGGUGUUUACGACGGACACGGCGGAGACAAGGUGGCUCUUUUCGCAGGAGAAAAGGUGCACCAAAUUGUUGCGAAACAAGAAGCGUUUUCCAAGGGCAAUAUCGAGCAGGCGCUCAAAGACGGAUUUCUAGCCACCGAUCGCGCUAUUCUUGAUGAUCCUAGAUACGAAGAGGAAGUUUCGGGAUGUACGGCAUCGGUCGGAGUGAUUUCCCGCGAUAAGAUCUGGGUGGCGAACGCUGGCGAUUCUCGAACUGUGUUGGGUGUCAAGGGACGAGCAAAGCCUCUGUCUUUUGAUCACAAGCCCCAGAAUGAAGGCGAAAAAGCCCGUAUCAGUGCUGCGGGAGGCUUCGUCGACUUCGGACGUGUCAAUGGCAACCUUGCUCUCUCGCGAGCUAUCGGCGAUUUCGAAUUCAAGAAGAGCGCCGAGCUGUCCCCUGAACAGCAGAUAGUCACCGCAUACCCCGAUGUCACAACGCAUGAAAUUACGGAAGACGAUGAGUUUUUGGUGAUUGCGUGUGAUGGUAUCUGGGAUUGUCAGUCUUCUCAGGCAGUGGUAGAGUUUGUCCGACGAGGAAUUGCGGCCAAGCAAGAUCUUUACCGUAUCUGCGAAAACAUGAUGGACAACUGCCUAUCUUCCAACAGUGAGACCGGAGGCGUCGGCUGCGACAACAUGACCAUGAUCAUCGUCGGCCUUCUUCAUGGGAAGACGAAAGAAGAAUGGUAUAACACUAUCGCAGAGAGGGUUGCCAAAGGCGACGGACCUGUUGCUCCUCCCGAAUAUGGCAAAGUUACAGCUGAAUUCCGCGGUCCCGGUGUCCGUCCCGGUGCUCGCCACCAAUUUGACGAUAGUCCUGACGACUACGACCUAGACACAGAUAAUACCCGACGGGGAUUUGGUGUCAAAUCGGGACGCAUUAUAUUACUUGGAGACGGAACUGAGGUGCACGCGGAUCAAGACGAUGAAGAAUUGUUUGACGCUACAGAAGAGGACAAGGGUGAUCAGAAUCAGGUACGGGCUAGCACUGCUAAUGCCGGGCAUGACACCGGCCGAAGCUUUCGUGAAGAUACUCCUGGACCCGAGCUUACCCUCAGAAACGCUAUUCAGAGUUCCGAGACUGGGCAACAAGUUUCUGCCUCACCAGCAGCCAUCAACGCGGAUACCUCGCCGGAAAAGACUGAAGAAAGCCAAGCUACCAGCAAACCGAGUGAUUCUUAG